AUUUAACAACUAUAAUAGCCGCUUCUGUCGGUGGUGGUGUAGGUCUGAUUCUCGUUAUCAUUGGCAUAAUAAUAUUUUGUUGUUGUUGUCGUCGUCGUAGAAAUGAAGCAAAUAUAAAGGUGACGGUAAAAGGAAAGCCAUGAGUAUGCUUCUAGAGCAAAAACCAGAGAACAGAAAUGAGGGCGUGGCUAGCAAAAAACAGGCUGGCAGACCGGCAGGCUAUGAAAAUAUGUCACAAACGUUACCCACUAAAACACAAAUUCUAAACCAGGGAGAUACUGUGACACGUUACACCAAAGAUCCUACAAGUAAAUCCAACAGUCAAGAGAAUGAGGAGAAUACAGAUGAAGAAGAAAAUUAUGGUAAUGUUGCCAUGAUCAAACUAGCUAAGAAGACUGAUCUCACAAAUAAAGGACAAGAUGAUAUGAAAGAUAUGCUGGAGAUACAGGAACUAGGGGAGGCACCAAAAGCUCCAAUGCCUUUGCCAUCUUCUAAGGGCAAGAAAAAAGGAAAAGGUAUUGUGAAGAGUUUUUCUCAAAGGGUGAGCAAAAAGUUUGGAAGAAUGAAAGAGAAAAGUAGUGCCCCCAAACCUGAGGAGCAUAUCCCUGAAGAUUAUGUGGAUAUGUCAGGUGAGCAAAAGCAGUCUGCAGAGAAAGCUGGUACCAGCAAGGCUGAGAGUCGGGACUCGUCAGAACUAGAAGAUUAUGAAAAUGUGAAUUAUAAAGAUAUUCCAGUGGGAAGAAAAGCUGCUGUAAGUAAAGUAACAGAAACCAGCCCAGAAGAAGGAAUGGAAAUUUAUGAGAAUGCGCCCGGACCAACGUCGAAGAAAACUGAUGGAAAUAACUCUGAUAUGGAGGAUUAUGAAAAUACUAAGGAAUUAAAACUGGAUAAAAGUAAAAAGCCUAAAGGCAAAGGGAAAGCAAAACCGAAAGCAGAUGAAAAUGAAAUGGAAGAUUAUGAGAAUAUGCAAGAUUUAGAAUUAUAUGAAAAUGUGCAUGUAAGUCGUAAGAAGUAAAAAAAACAACAACAACAAAACUGAAUCACAUAAAAAAAUACACAACAGUUGGCAAGGUUGUGAAUAAGUUUUCAGUUUUCAGAACUGUAUUCAGCUUACAGAUGAAUGAUUGGUGAAAUUCAGACUUAAAGGUUUAAGAUUGGUCAUAUUCAAAUUUAAAGACUUAUGAUUGGUCAUAUUCAAACUUAAAGGUUUAUGGUUGGUCAAAUUCUGACUUAAAGGUUUAUGAUUUGUCAUAUUCAAAUUUAAAGACUUAUGAUUGGUCAUAUUUAAAUUUAAAGACUUAUGACUUUAAGAUUGAUCAAAUUCAAAUUUAGAUUCUGGAUAUUCAAACUUGACUUAUUUUUUUAGAUAAAAAAAAUGAACAAAAAUAUAUGUAUUAAAUUUGCAAAGUAUGCGAAAUAUGUUGGGGAGAAUGCUUUUUGUUAAGUAUAAACUCAGGUCUUGAAAAUUUGCCAAUCAGUGUACACAAUUUUGUUUUAUUUAUUCUAAAACUAGUCUUUAAAUUGGAACUGCUUUGGAAAUGGUUUUUGUUUUAAUUGAGAAAUUAUAUUUGAAAUGGUAGAUAGCAGGUCAUAUUUUUCAAGAUUUUAAAGCCUUUCCUAUAAAAACUGUUGUCUUAAUCUUAGAUUUUUUUAUCUGCUUCUUUGUAAGUAUUUACUUAAGUCAUGCAAUUAGCUUUUUAUCCCCCGCCAAUGGAAUUGGGAGGGGGAUAUAGUUUUGGCGUUGU